CGCGCAGGCGCAGCGGGGCGGCGGUGGGUGCGGGUCGGGGCGGGGGCGCGGAUGGCGGCCGGGCCGCGCGAUGCUGCGCUGGGUCGUGGCCGUGCUCAGCCACUCCUGCUUUGUCCCCAGGGACGGCUCCAUGUUCUAUGCAGUGCGCAAGGGCCGGCGGACCGGCGUCUACCGCACCUGGGCGGAGUGCCAGGAGCAGGUGAACAAGUUCCCCUCCGCUAGUUUCAAGAAGUUCGCCACCGAGAAGGACGCCUGGAGCUUCGUGCGCGCCGGCCAGCCGGGGCCGCAGCAGCCCGAGCCCGCAGGGGCAUUUGGUCCUCCAGCUGUAACACAAGAAAGUGGUAGCUGGAGAGAGGAACCAGAAUUAAAUACCGUGUUUUACAGUACAUAUAAAAGGCCACAUGAACAGUCUACAAACGAAGAGCAGAUUCCAAAGCGUGUAAAGCACGAUGAAGUACACUCAGCAUGCUCAACACCAACAGUCAGUGAAGAUAAGUUUUCAUAUAUGGGGGACUUUGCAGUUGUUUAUACAGAUGGUUGUUGCACUGGUAAUGGACGUAACAGGGCACGUGCUGGAAUAGGUGUCUACUGGGGACCAGGCCACCCUUUAAAUACCAGUGAAAGACUUCCUGGACGGCAGACUAAUCAAAGAGCAGAAAUCCAUGCAGCCUGCAAAGCAAUAGAGCAAGCCAAGAGUCAAAACAUCAAGAAAUUAAUAAUCUACACUGAUAGCAAGUUUACCAUUAAUGGUAUUACGAGCUGGGUUGACAACUGGAAAACAAAUGGUUGGAGAACAAGUUCAGGGGGAAGUGUAAUAAACAAAGAAGAUUUUGAAAGACUUGAUAACCUAACAAAAGACAUAGAAAUCCAGUGGAUGCAUGUUCCUGGCCAUGCUGGCUUCCGAGGAAAUGAAGAAGCUGAUAGACUAGCAAGGGAAGGAGCUUGUCAACCAAAGUGCUGAUGUCCUGGGACUAGAGACUGCUGCACUGGGAGGAAAAGGCCUAACAUGGCAGCAACAACUUGAACUGCUGUAAUUGUUUUGGAGUUGAACUUUGAGCUGUACUUCUUUCUGGCCUGAAGCACUAAAUAUAAACCAACUUCUAGGAAGGAAAAACCCAUAUUUUCUUCUAUGGCAUUUGUUUUACAGUUGAGACAAUAUUUAGUUGAUGAUACUGAGUAUUUGUUUAUUCUCCAUCUAUUGGAAGGGCUGUGGUCAGUGUUUCUAGCUGUCUUGAGUACUCAUGAGUUUACCUUAAAGACAGGCUUCUGAAGAAGUGAUUUUAAA